AUGGCAGCUGUUGUACACAAUGUACUGGAACAAUUCAAUAUUACGGGACGACUUUUUUGCAUGACAACUGAUAAUGCAUCAAACAAUGGAACAAUGUGCAAGGAACUUGAGAGCUACAUGAGAAGUACUACACAAGAAGUAGAGUGGAGUAGUGAUGCAACAAAAAUACCAUGCAUGGCGCAUGUUAUACAGCUAGUUGUAAAAGCUAUGCUAAAGGCCUUCAAUGUCGACAUAGCUGAAGAAGUUAUAGAUGUUACUGGUGUUUCAAUUACUGAUGAUACGACAGUCACAUCAGCUAUUAGAAAGAUAUGCACUCUUAGCAAUCUUGUGAGCAGGUCUGCAAAGAAAACUGAAUUAUUGCUCCAGAAGCAAUCUGAUAUAGAAGCAAAGAGACGACUGCAGCUAAAACGGGAUUGUUACGGCUAUAACGAGUUUACUGCUGCUAUUACUGCAGGUGUUGCAAAGUUAAGGCACUAUUACACUGAAACUGGUGGUCCUGUUGAACAGACGUAUGCUCUUGCUGCAAUUCUUGAUCCAUCUCAGAAACUGGACAUUUUUAACGCUCCUGAAUGGGACCGUUCCCACUCAAAGAAGUACCGCCAAAUAUUCUUAGAUUACUGGAAGGCUUACUAUCAAAAAGAUUUGAGGGACCAGCAUGAGGCAGUACCGCCUUGCCCCUAUACACCAACAAGUCUUAAUGCGGUAUUUCGGAUGAACCGGCAGCUACAUAAAGGGUGGCAGAGCCCAUCAAGUACCAGCUAUAAUGAAGCUGAGCGUUAUUUAAAUGCGCCAGUGGUUAGUGCUGAUGCAGAUACUCCAGUGCUCCUAGUGUGGAAGACCUUAGAGCUCUCUUACCCUUCAGUUGCGAAGAUGGCAAGGGAUAUCCUUGCAGUACCAGCUACUGGUACUGGAGUUGAGCGCAUAUUUAAUAUUGCCCGCGAUAUCCAUGAAUACCACAGGGCACAAAUGAGUAUGACUACAGUUUGA